AUGAGCGAGCGGAUGCCUCGCUACCUCAUUCCAUUUGCACUUCGAACCUCAGGUCUUAAUGGAUUAGAACAAGGAUCCGAUUGUUCACCAGUUAUUCAAAUUGCCUAUACGAUUAUUGAUGUGCAAAAUAUUACCAAAGAAUUUCCACUACAACAAAUUGAUGUACAGUCACUGGGUUUACAGCAAUCACUUCACAAGAUAGAAACAUUUGUACCAGAAAGUUCUGUAUUAGUCACAAAUGGUAUCAACGCCAUCAGGCAGGUUCUUCAUCCUCAAGCUCUUCGCCUUUCUCUCAAGCUGUCACCAUUUUUUUGCUCCUACGUGAACAUAGCUCGGCAAACUUCUUUGGCCACAAAUCUGAACCGUGGAGAAAUUGCCAUUCUUGAUCAGGAACUAGCUGCUAUUAAAAAUGCAAUUCGUUGUUCACAUAAGGGUUAG